AUGCCAGGACAGAUCAGAUUUUUCUCCAAAGAAGAAGGGGAGACAUUCUUGGAGUAUCCACUCCCUCUCACUGAACAAUGUCAGUCGGUCGGCGAUGAGUAUAGGACGCAUCUUGGCUUCAACCUGUACCUCAGCAGCUCAUCCAAGAGCAAAUCACGAUCGUUGGAGGAUCAGGUAGAGACGGCCCCCUCGUCCUCGCUGACUCCUUCCAAGAAUCGCAAGCAGACAACGGCUGGAGCUGAGCUUCAACUACUUUCUUCGCUCAUUCACGUGCCAAAGACUUCAGAGGAGGAGGAGUUCAAGCUCAACAUCUUCGACGACAACAGAAACGUCGAUGCAGGACCAGGGAAGGAAGUGGAGACUGUGGUCUUCCGUUCGACUGCAGCUCGAAAUGUCGCGCUGAGCGACGUUGCCAAAGAAUUUGAAGGGAGUCACGCGAAGGACAAGGAGGAGAACGAAGAAGACGAUCUUCUCUCCCUCAUGGACAGCGCCAAUUAG